CUUCGGUUUUCAGUCUUCACCCGGCCUGCACGACCCGGCCCGCGGCAGAGUACGGGUACGGCUGACGUGGGCACAUGUUACGCUUAGGCGGGAUGCCAAAGGGGAAUAUAUGAAGCGCUUAAACCCUACUGUCUGAGAUUUUAGUACUUUCUGAUGAAGAAGGAUUGUCAGAACUCGGAAUUGGAGUUUUUCCAGUAAAGUUCGCAUCUUUCUAGACUUUUUCAAGGCUACCAUCUUCCAGUUUUCGUCGGUUCAAACGCCGCAGCGAGCUUCUGGAAUUGGGGAUUUCCCCCGCACUAUUUUUCUUCGUUUUGUUGAUACUGGAAGUUGGAAAUCAGUAUCACAACAACUAUGCAGAUUCUAGUCCGCAAGUUUCUACGCCCAACAUCUCCAUUUAGCAGGGUUAUUGGUAGUUACACUUACAAGUAUUCUACCAACGAUGUCCUCGAUAUCGGCCAACCCUCUCCUGCUACUCACCCUCAGCUGAUGAAAGAAGGGGAAGUUACACCUGGUAUAAGUGGCGAUGAGUACAUCUCAAGAAGGAAGAAGCUAUUGGAUCUUCUUCCAAAGAAUAGUUUGGCCAUAAUUGCUGCUGCGCCUGUUAAGAUGAUGACCGAUGUCGUACCCUACACAUUUCGGCAAGAUUCUGAUUACUUGUAUAUUACUGGAUGCCAACAACCUGGUGGCGUGGCAGUUUUGGGGCAUGAGUUUGGUUUAUGCAUGUUCAUGCCUGAAGCAACGUUUCAUGAUGUAACUUGGCAAGGGCCAACUGCAGGAGUUCAUGUAGCAUUGGAGAGAUUCAAAGCUGAGAAAGCAUACCCCUUGACCAAAUUAAGAGAAGUUCUUCCAGGUAUGAUCAAGGGAUGUUCCAGGGUGUUUCAUAACAAUUUAACAGCUGUACCAACAUAUACAGAGUUGGAGGCCUUCCAAAGUAUAGCUCUCAUGGGCAAGGUUAGAGAUCUCUCAUGUUUCACACAUGAGUUACGGUGGGUAAAAUCACCUUCUGAGUUGAAGUUGAUGAGAGACUCUGCAUCAAUUAUUUGUCAGGCUCUCUUGCAAACAAUGCUACAUUCCAAGACUUACCCAUAUGAGAGUAUGUUGGCUGCAAAAGUUGAAUAUGAAAGCAAAAUGAGAGGUGCUCAAAGGAUGGCAUUCAAUCCUGUUGUUGGUGGGGGGUCUAAUGCCGCUAUCAUACAUUAUUCUCGAAAUGAUCAGAAAAUUAAAGAUGGGGAUCUUGUUCUGAUGGAUGUUGGAUGCGAGUUGCAUGGUUAUGUCAGUGAUCUGACUCGAACAUGGGCUCCAUGUGGCAGUUUCUCUUCCGCACAAGAAGAACUUUAUGAUCUUAUUCUUCGGACAAACAAAGAAUGCAUAGAGCUUUGCAGACCUGGAACAAGCAUUCGACAGAUUCAUAAUGAUUCGGUUUCAAUGAUGCGUAAAAGACUUGCAGAGAUUGGAAUUCUGAAAAAUAGUGGAAGCAAUUCUUACCAUCAGUUGAAUCCAACUUCUAUAGGUCACUACCUUGGAAUGGAUGUCCAUGAUAGUUCUGCCAUGAGCUAUGAUCGUCCCUUGAAGCCUGGUGUUGUCAUAACCAUUGAGCCUGGAGUAUAUAUUCCACCGAAUUCGGAAGACGUUCCAGAGAGGUACCAAGGCAUUGGCAUAAGGAUUGAGGAUGAGGUCCUAAUUACAGAAACCGGUUAUGAGGUCCUUACAGGGUCGAUGCCGAAGGAAGUGAAACACAUGGAAUCAUUGCUAAAUAAUUACAGUGGUGGAAUGGCCAUGGAAAGCUGGAGUAAUAAUACUGAAGCUGCUUUCAGAUGACUGUCCCCUCCUUGAAAGUUGAGAGGCCAUGGACCCUUAGCAACUAACUCUUGGUUGUUCCUUUACUACCAUUCUCAUAAAAGCUUUCUGGGGUCCUUCUUCAUUGGAGGUAGAUGAAGCAAAUUGCUCCUUGAAAAAUUGCAACAGGAGCCAGCCAGCAUACCAAGAAACAUUCAUUUCACGUAGUGAAGCUUCUUUCCUUAGUAAGUUUUUCACCACUUUGUGAAAAAUCCAUGGCAAGCAGCAGAUUUGCAGCAAAACAGCACUGGGUUGAUCUUUCUGUCUCUGUCUCAUGUCCGCCCAUUUCUUGUGCGGGAAGGAAAGCUACCAGCUUUGUCAUGAGACCACUCAUCGUAUCAUUUGGUCGACAUUGGAUAAGCUGAUUUCGUUUGUCGUAAGAAUUUAAGUUGGAAGUUGGAUUGGAAGCUCCUUGUUGGAAGUUGAGAAAAUGAGUAAAUGCUAAGACAUGGUGGGCUGGAAUUGACACGUUGGAACAGUGACCAUGAAAGCAUCAUAUAUGUAUUGAAUGUAUUGUCCCAUGGUAGGACUAGGGUUUAAUGCAUAAAAAGGUCAUAUCAUUUACUACCCCACCUUCGGCCAUAACUUUUUGGCAUCUAUUUUUUUCUCUUCUCCAUUGGAUCCCUUUUGCAGUAAAUGGCAAAAAGAACUGAACCUUUCUCAAGGGUUUCUCAAAUGUUGCAAUGGGUAGUUUGAAGAACAUGGCACAAGAAAAUAAGGAAAGGAAGCAACAAAAGUUCAUGAAGGAAGC